AUGCGACGUGUUCAACAUAAAAUGUUAAAUUCAACGACAGAUGUGUUUUCAACCAAUACGCAUGAAGAUGGACCGAUACCAAGUGAUGUUAUUCUUCAAAUUAAUGUUAAUCUUGAUACAAAAGUGAUGAGUCUAGAAGUAUCAUUACUGCUAUUAAUAAUUUUGGGUCGUUGGUUUCUUCCCAAAGGUACGACAAGUCGUUCCAAUUUGUCUCAAUUAUUACUAGUCUAUAUGUCAUUAUCAUCCGAUAUUGUUGAUUUGUUAACAAUUUUCAAUGAAGAAGAAGUUCUUCGAUCUCACAAUAUGUUAAUAGCCACGCUAAGCGUUUUAUCAUGGAGUUUAUUUCAAUUUCCUAUUAAUAUGACCUCUACUCGAACACGAACACAAUCGUCUAUCAAUAGUAAACGACCGAAAAAAAAGGGUCCAAGAAUGUUUAUUCUGUAUCCGAUUCAACAAUUAUUUGCCAAUGAAUCAUGGUAUAUCUAUGAAAUGAAUCUCAUGAGUUGUUCAGCAGUUCAGUUGGCUUUGCGACUAGUGGCGGUAAUCAAGUUUAAUGUUCGAAGUUAUUCGACAAUAUUUUUUACGGCUAAAAAUGGUAUUAUUUUAUUUUUACAAUUAUAUCGACUCCUCGCAAUUUUAACGGAAAAAGAAUUUUAUGAUGAUGGACCAUUGUAUAUGACUGAUGAUCAACAAGAAAAAGGAGAAGAUGCAGAUAGACGAACACACAGACAAUAUACAGAAACAUCAUCAGCCGUAUUUGCUUAUACAACACAAAAUCAUUCAAGCAAUCAACUACUUUUACGUGACGAUAAUACCAAUAAAGAAUCACUAUGA